AUGCCUGUUGGUGCCUUCGGUGACCAUCCUUCUCAGGGUGACUUGAUGCGCAUUGUGCUAGCAGCAACUCCUGGUCGCCGAGGCCCCGAGGCCCGGGGGUUUCAAGGGGUCAUAUCUUUACUUUUGACUUGGCAGCGCAUGGGAAGCGGAACUGUGCGCUGCUCCGUGCUGCAUUUAAGCUAUAUGGAGUCAGCACUCGAGUCGAAGACUCCAAAUUCCCCACGAAAGCAUCAACUUUCUUCGUCAGCAUUUCUGGCUAAGCAACGUCGCCCCUUCGGUGUUUCUAAGGAGGCCAAGAAAGCCACUGGAGAGAUCAAGAGCAUCGAAGUCCAACUUAAGGACAUUGACCUCUCAACGUCAAAUGCUGGCCGUCCGGAAGGAAACGAGGGCAUAAUCUUGACGCCAGUGGCCGAACAGGACUUGGCACGAGGAAUUGAGCGAAACGGACCAUGCCAGGAGGGCCAUUCCCGCGUCCACAAGCUUGAAUGUGGCCACAUUGUGCUGUGCGAGCAUGCAACACCUUGCGGAAGCAACUGCCAGGAAGACACCGCCGUCUCGGACAAUGCACGCAUCUACUGCACCCUCUGCCUCCGUCGUGUGCUGAACUGGGAUGUGGAGCACCACAACAACCGCUGGCAGGAUCUGCUCCUGCCCACAUUCAUCAUGGAGGAGAAAGAAGGGGCGGACUGGAAAACAUACGAGAACGUCGUGAGAGCUUCUGAGCCAGCCUACAUCGAUCCCUCAGGCAACAUCAUCCGCCCUGUGACGCAACUCGCAGUCGCCCUGAUCCGCUCCUACGAGCGGCAAAAAGAAACCUUCCUCAAGUCGAAGCUCAAAACCACCUGCCUAGACAUCCUCCCCCUCCCCGACGAAGCCAAGCACUUAGUCAAAACCCGGGCCCUGGCCGACUUCAACCGCCUCCUCUGCCACCACCACACCUUCCAGCACAUGGACCUGCGCAACCUCGCCGCGCUCGCCCUCUGCGCCGCCGCCCACGAAACUAGUCCCGUGCACAUCGCCGACCGCCUCAUCACCGGCGCCCUCGACGCCGACCCCGCAGUCUUCGAGCACUUCCGUGCCGCGCACGACCACAUCGUCUUCAUCGCCGCCAUGGAGAAGGUGCGCGAUUUCGUCUUCGACGCACCCAAGAAAUACCGCGAGCAUCCCCGCUGGGCGCACGUCAUCCCCGUCACCAAGCGCAUCUGGCAAACCAUCAAGAGCAACAACGUCAUCAGCAGGACGCAGCGCAAGGGCUUCGAGGACGCGGUAACCGCGGCGUGUGUCGUUAUUGCUGCGGGCCAGUUCCGCAUCGUGGUUCCGUUUGAGGAUGCGUGCGCGGCGUUUGAGGUUAAGUCUGACACCGAGGAGCAGAGGACGGGGAAUAGGUAUGCGUAUGGGAAGGUGGCGAGGUAUGUCAAGGCGAGGGAUUAUAGGAGGCCCUUGGGGAGGCGGGUUAGUGCGAAUGAGAAAGUGAGGAAGAGGGUUUUGAGGCGGGAUAGGGAGACGGAGGGGCUGAAUAAGGCGUUGGCGUCGCUGUUUGAUGACUUCUAG